AGGAAGAGGUGAGGCAUCAGUCAUAUGCCUGUUCUCUUUAGGGCCCGAGGAGUCACAUGAUCAUCAGGUCCACACAGCAGUCGAGUGCGCGAGCGCUGUGGAGACUACGAAGUUUAUUUUACAGAAAAUAAGUUAAUAAACCUCGACCUACAAAGAAAUAUAAUGACGACUACAUCGUUUGUGAUAUCAGUGUCAGUUAUGACUGUGUUUUGGGGUCUUAUUGGUGGAGUUAUUCCUUGGUUUAUUCCUAAAGGACCGAAUCGAGGAGUCAUUGUGACGAUGCUGGUACUAACUGCAGUCUGUUGCUACCUUUUCUGGCUGAUUGCAAUUCUAUCACAGCUGAAUCCGUUGUUUGGACCAGUAUUGAGCAACGACACCAUCUGGUACCUCUACUACCACUGGGGGUAGGGUCCAGUGGUUCUUUUACAAAGCAGAUGCUGGAAGCUUGUACAUUGCCAAAACGGAGAAGAACUCACCAUCAGGAAAACUCCUUGUCAUUGAAGCUUUAUAUGCUGUUCUCUUACUCAAAGAAUGACUACCAUAUGACAGUUUGUGGUGUUUCUUUUUAUUUAUUUUACCUAAAAAGAGGAAAUAAUAUGUAAUUGAAUCUUAUGUUUUUUGUCUUCGUGUAUAUACAGUACAUCGACUUUGAGUUAAUUGACGUGAAUAAUGUUGGACAAAUUAACCCGUCCCAUUUUAUAUGUAUGAUUUUGUAUGUCAAAUAAAAUUAAGAAUGCAAAUAAUUUA